AUGACUUCAUCAACUACAUUAAGUAAGUCCUUCUACUUUAAAUUUGGUCAGUACACAAGUUCUCGAAUCCCAAUCGAUGAACUGAUAAGUACACAUGACAUUGAAAAAUAUACAGAGCAAUUCUUCGGUGAGAAAUUGCCUAAAGCUCGUCAUGCUCAGUUUUACUGUUGUAAAACAAGAAAAUUUACUAUUAUCAAUGACGAAGUAUUACUAAGCGAAGAUAACCCAUUCCUAAUCGAUCUCCCAAGAACUGUAAAAAACGAUGAUGCUGGACCAGAUGAUUUAGUUGUGUAUAUUGUUGAUGACACUGAUCUUAUUGCAGAAUCUAGUGUACCAAAGGAAAAUACAAACUGUCAAAUAUUGUCCGUUAAUCUCGAUGAUGAUGGAGACGACGCAUUGUUAAAUCUAUUCGAUGUCGAUGGCAUUGAAGCUACAUCAAAGAAUAAUAUUUCGACAAGUGUCAAUGAAUAUUUUUGCGAUGCUGAUUUAUCACCAGACGCUCUUCUAGGACUUGUCGAGAGAAUACAAUAUGAAAAUCAAAAUCCAGCUCCUAUUUCGUUCAAAGAAAGCACAGCAACCAUAAAUAGUAUUGAAGAAAAUCAUCACCUGCCAAUAAUUCGUUUUUCCCAUGACGUUAAAAAAGUAGGUAAUAAACAUAAUUAUUUAACCAAUGCAUUUCGAUUGGAUCAACUGGCUAUUAAUCAAAUUAUUGUCAGUAGUACCAAAAAAGGUAUCAGCUUUAUUCAAGGCAACAAGACGGAACAUGAAGAAAGAGAUCAAGUUUUGCCCAGAAUUCAAGGUCUUCGACAAUUCAAAAAUGAACCCUAUACCAAUCUAUGCAUAUAUGCCGUAUAUGAAGAAUUAGGAGAAAAUGGUGAUCGAAUUUGGUAUGAACAUUUAGAUAAAAAAUUUUUGCCAGAGAACGAAUUGCAACCCGAUGCACAACCUUACAAUCCAAUGAAAUUUAGUUUAAGCACAAUUGAUUUAACCGAAAGUGGAGAAUUUGUAUUGAAAAUAUAUAUGCUAACAAAAUGGGCUAAAGAUAAACGUAAGACAUUGCUUUAUCGAUUGGAUGAAGCAAGUACUCGAUUGCUACAUGAAGCUCCUCAUGAAAUGCAAGCACCAAAUAAACGCAUUCCACCAGUUCGAUUAUUGGGUGUCAUCGAAGAUGGUAAUGGUUUUAUUUGGAAUAGCUUAUUUCUAUCAGAUUUUAUGCUACCAUUUACAAAAGUUCCGAAACGAACUCGUUCCGAUUCUUUACAAACAACCACCGGUGAAUCCAAAAGGAAAAAAUAA